AUAUUUAGGAUGCAAUGAAGGGGAGAUUAGAUCAUUGUUUUCCUUGAUAAUAAGUACAAAAUAACUGCAGGUUUUUUUACAGAGAACACCAUAAUUGUAGCUGAAGGUGAGAUGCUUCUAGAGGGAAUAUUUCAGGUAAUUACAUGUGGAUUUCCCCCGUUAGAGGACAGAGAUAAAUCACUCAAAGCACUUUCUGGCCUUGACUUCUUUGGUGGUGGUAUGCUAACAAGGGAGGAGACGCUCAGACUUGCAGAUCUGGAAAGGAAAGCAGAAAAUGACAUGUUUGUCAUACUUUCUGACAUUUGGUUGGAUGAUGAAGAGAGAAGGCUGUACGAAAGGUGGAGACUGUCCUAGAUGGUUUUGAGAAUGUGGAGGUUGUUCCUUCCUUAUUUGUCUUCAUGGGGAACUUUUGUUCUCGUCCAUGUAAUCUUUCCUUCCAUUCUUUUUCAAGUCUCAGAUUGCAGUUUGGCAAGCUGGGUGAAAUAAUUGCAGCCCAUCCACGGUUGAAAGAGCAUAGUCGAUUUCUCUUUAUUCCUGGUCCUGAUGAUGCAGGUCCAUCAACUGUUCUACCUCGUUGUGCUUUACCAAGAUAUCUAACUGCAGAGCUCCUGAAGCAUGUUCCAAAUGCCAUAUUUUCAAGUAAUCCUUGCAGAAUAAAGUUCUACACCCAGGAAAUAGUAUUUUUUCGCCAGGAUCUGCUAUAUAGAAUGCGUCGGUCUUGUUUGAUACCCCCCUCUACUGAAGAAACUAAUGAUCCUUUUGAGCAUCUUGUUGCCACCAUAACCCAUCAAAGCCAUCUCUGCCCACUGCCUCUUUUCAUUCAGCCCAUUAUCUGGAAUUAUGACCACUGUCUACAUCUGUAUCCAACCCCACAUACGAUAGUUUUAGGUGACAGAAGCGAGCAGAGGGCAUUCAAAUACACUGGAAUCACUUGCUUCAAUCCAGGUUCCUUCUCAAGUGAUAGCACUUUUGUAGCAUAUCGUCCUUGCACACAGGAAGUUGAGUUUUCAUCCUUGUGAAUAUCAAAAUUUUAUCGUUUUAACAUUUGAGAGAGGAGCUGCCAUCUCUUACUAGUAUUGUCUUGAAGUCAUGAUUAAAAUUUUCAAAUUCCAUAGUGCUUAGCUGCCAACAAUUUGUCAUUUACUAAAAAUCUUCUAUUGUAAAUUUCCUUGGGUAAUUGGUAUUAUUAGUGGAAACAUUUUCAAUCAUUUUCUGUCAAAAUACAUUAGAUUGUUUAUU